AUGGACGAUUAUUGGUUCUGUCUUCAGAAGAAUACGCUGAGGAUUUUUCAACCAUACUUUUUCUUAGACAUGUCCGUACCAGAGGGUGACAUCGCUAAGGGAAAGAAGCUGUUUGUCCAGCGUUGUGCACAAUGCCAUACAGCGGUCGCUGGUGGCUCCCAUAAGACUGGGCCUAAUCUUCACGGAAUAUUCGGCCGCAAAAGUGGCAUGGCUCCAGGUUACGACUACACCGAGGCUAAUAAGAAAAAAGGCGUGAUAUGGACUGACCAGACUCUUUUCGAAUACCUCGAAAAUCCGAAGAAAUACAUACCCGGAACGAAAAUGGUGUUUGCUGGUCUGAAGAAGGAGACCGACCGCGCCGACCUUAUAGCUUACCUGAAGUCGGAAAACUAA